CUGUGUGUGUGUGUGUGUGUGUGUGUGUGUGUUUACACAGACGGGAAUACUGCGCCAAAGGAAGUGCGCCGGUUCUCCGUCUUCGCGUUCCGACUUCCUGCUCUGAGGCAGGAGAGAGAAAAGCUGCGGAUCCGCUUUCAGACAGCAGCAGGAGCAUGGAGCCCCUACACAACACACACACACCGCUAUAAGACACAAACAUACACACAUCACACACAGGCAGACGGGUAGAGGAGCAGCGGCCGUCCACAGCAGGAUCGCCUGCGUCUCUGGUGUCACCCCGUCAUGGAGAGUUCCAUCACACUCUGGCAGUUCCUGCUGCAGCUGCUACUCGACAAAAGCCACAAACAUCUCAUCUGCUGGACGUCCAACGACGGCGAGUUCAAGCUGCUCAAGUCAGAAGAAGUGGCCAAGCUGUGGGGGCUGCGCAAGAACAAGACCAACAUGAACUAUGACAAGCUGAGCAGAGCUCUGCGCUACUACUACGACAAAAACAUCAUCAAGAAGGUGAUCGGCCAGAAGUUCGUCUACAAGUUUGUGUCGUCCCCCGAGAUUCUGAUGAUGGACCCUGCGGUGGUGGAGUCAGGCCGCAGCGGCGAGGAAAGUGGGGGUGCGACAUCAGAGCCUGAGGCUGAAGACGAGGAUGGGGGUGGGAGAAACCAAUACCUUCACUCCAGCCUGUACUCCUCCUUCACCGUCGGCUCACCGCAGCACUCCUUGGAACCGCAUCGGCCGAUCAAGACGGAGCCCAGAUCCGAUCACCACGGCGACAGCUCCUCUGUCAUCCGAUUCGUAACCAACCGCGGCCACUCCUCGCUAUCCCCCACCCCACCCCCAUCCUCGGCCGACACCUCCGAUUCCUCCAGAUCGUCUCCCCGGCAGGCCCGCUCUUCCUCCUGCUCCUCCUCCCCGCCGCAGAGCCCCGCCCACACACUGUGGAGGGGGCGUAGCCAGAGCACAGAGACUAAUGCGAUAGAGCAGAGCGCUCAGCCUCUAAACCUGUCGUCGGGUCACAGGGAGAGAGAGAGGUCACAGGGCACGGCGAUGCCAGAGAGGAGGAGAUUGGCCAGUAGCGUGCCUUUAAAAAGCAGAAAACCCAAAGGCUUGGAAAUCUCCGCUUCCUCUCUCCUCCUGACAGGAAGUGACCUCGUCUCCAGAGCUCUCAACAGCCCGGCGCUGCCUUCAGGCUCCCUGACCGCUGCCUUCCUCACCACACAGACUCCGUCUGGUCUGCUGCUCACUCCCAGUCCUCUACUCUCCAAUAUCCAUUUCUGGUCCAACCUGAGUCCAGUGGGACCACUUAGCCCUGCACAACUGCAGAGCCAUGCCCCCCUCUUUCAGUUCCCCUCACUGCUGAAUGGAGUCAUCCCUGUGCCUUUCACCAGCAUGGACGCUCCCUCUCCUCUGCUGCUCUCCCCAAGCUCCCACAAGUCCUGAUCCCCGAGCUUCAAGAGCAAACUAGGCCAAACCGGGCCGGAUCAGCACAGACCAGUACCGAGCCAAUCUGCUUUAGACUUUGACAAUGAACCACACAGGAGUCAGACUUCCUCUGAGUCCAAUUACACUUUCAUCUGAAACCUGUUUCUUUGAAUUUACAAAUGAAGAAACAGGAGCUUUACUCUGAAGAUUUGCUCUCUGAGAAGAGUAUUUGCGUUAAACAUUUCUUUGUGUGUUUACUACAGUUCAACUGCUCAUGUCAUUUACAUUUGUUUCUUCAUCAUCAUACAAAGAAAUUGACUGGAGGUCAGACCUCAUCAUGUUUCUUAUCUUAUUAUCUCAUCUCAUUCCACUAGGUUCAAAGUUCAGUGAUACAGACCAGUUGCAAUUUCAUUAGUGUUAGCGCUAUUUUUCGCCUCUGCUCUGGCUAUUGUCAAUAUCCACACCACUGACUCAAACAACGGAGAUCUGGAGAAAUCCUUUUUGUUUGGAAUUAUAAAAUAAGAACUCAAGAAUGACGGAUGCUCAAGUACAGCUCAUUUAAGUAAAUACAUGUUCACCAUGCUACUGUACAGUUAAAGGAAAUACAGUAAUUUGCUUUCCUACUAUGAGUUACCCGCAAUUUCCACCAACUGCGGAACGGCUGCGGAUCCGCUCCGGAACGGCGGCGGAGUCAAUAGGUUUCCAUUAAAGUCAAUGUGUGUAUUUUCACUGACUGCAGAUACGCAGAGUUUCUAUUUUUGACUGAUGCCGGAGAGCUCCGCAGCAAUUCAGCACAGGGCAGAUUGGGCGGGACAGGAAUAAUGGCGGAGACUGGCCUGAAGUCAGCACAGAGUUGUUUCCCCUCUACUCCUCUGGAUGGAAACAAACUACAUCCUGUUAUGUCGCGCGAUCAUAUGUGAAUUCGCAAGAUCUCGUGGGUCCUCGUGACUUCAGCUGUCAGUCAUGGACGCAGCUGUUCCGCAACAAAUACGGACCUGGUGGGUAUUGAAGGACGGCAGAGCACGGAGCCGACACGCAGCGGAGCCGAUCCGCAGCCGUUCCGCAGUUGGUGGACAUUGCGGUUAGCGUUAGACAAGAAAAUUGACACCCCCCUCUCUCAUGAUUGUAGGCUCAAUAUGAAGCUAUAUGCAGGAGACGGUUAGAUAAAGACUGGAAGCACAGAAACCUUACUCUGUCCAAAGGUGACUACUAGCUAGCAGCUUACUAAUUAACACAUUAACCUUUAUAGAAAUUUAAAAAAAACGACAAUUUGUAGUUUUAUAGGGGAUUGAAGGUAGAACCCAGGAGAAAUAGUUUGGCACAAAACCUCUGUAAAACGAUUUUUACACUUUGGUUUUUGUACAGAUUAAACAAACACCAACAAUAAUUUCUUUAUUUGUGAGCUGAGGUAAGGUGGACUUUGAUAACUUUGGGCAGAGCCAGGCUGGCGGUUUCAAGUCUUUAUGCUAAGCUAACCAGCUGCUGGCUGUAAAUACAUAUAUAACUGACAAAUAUAAAUAGUGAUGUAAAUCUUCUCAUCUUACACUCAGCAAGAAAGCCCGAUUCCAAAAAUGUCACAUUUUUCCUUUAAAUUUGGACAUAAAAUGGGGCCAUAACUGGAUGAUUAAACGCCAUAGCCAUGGAAGAUAUUAAGUAGUGGGUGAUUGUAAUUUUUCCCCUGUGCCUUCGCCUUCCUUUAAAUUGACCAAAUCUUCAAUGUGAACAAUUUUGGGGUGUCUCUGAGUCUCAUUUAUCAAUCUUUUUAGGGGUU